AUGCACCAGCUCAUUCCAGGGGCGAAGCUGCCAUCCGCGGACACGUACAGGGGGCCCGUCUCCAUGCUUCGGAGGGCUUUCGAGGCUACAGAGAGCCUUGGCUCCCUCACCGUGGUACUGGCAGUUAUGGACAACUCAACACGCAUCCACGGCAAGCUGCACCCCAUGAUCGCAAUCAUCACCAUAGGCGACUGCGAGCUGAUUGUGCUGCGCAGGGUGAAGGGAGCCCGGCAACCGCUUGAGAUCGUGUGCCACACGGAGAUGCAAAGAAUUGAUGGCCAUGCCCAAACACCUUUGCAGCUUGCCCGGGUGGAUGCCCGAAUUGAUCCGAACUUUCACGAGGCCCUCACGAUCGAAGUGAUAGAACGAGGUAGUGCAGUUCACUGCGUCUCUGCAUACGAGGGUGACAUUGUCAUCAUGGGCAGCGAUGGCGUGUUUGACAACCUCUACCUGGACGAAAUCAUGGAGUUGGCAAACGCAAUGCUGCCUCCAACCCAGGCGGGCCAGCACUUCUCCGAAGCGCAGAUGAAGGCUCUGGCCCAGCAGAUUGUGGAGGCAUGUCAUGCAAAGACUCGCCCCGGCCCCAUGGGGCAGCUACGGGAAGCCCCGAUUGGUCGCGGAGGCAAGAAGGACGACACGUCCUGCGUAGUUGCAGAAGUUGUUGAGUGGACAAAGGAGCAUGCCAGGGUCUGGUCGACUCCAGACGACGGCUUCGGUUGGAGCUCCAUGAUGAACAACUUCUUCCCGCUCAACUUGAACGGUUGUUGUGUGGCUUCCUACGACUCCGAUGAUGAGGUGGAUUUGCGAAAGCCAGCCUCCAAGAAGCCGGCGAACUUCCAGAACGAGAUGCAGAGUGGAGUUCACAACGGACAGUGGAAUGGACAGCAGAGGGCCAACGGCCUCAGUAUGCCCAACUCCGCUCCCAGCUCAGCACAAAAUCCAUCCAACUAUCCCUACCCAUCAACGUCCAGCAUACCACAACCAAUCCACCAAGCGGACCAACAACCCAGGCCAGUCCAGCCGGCCCAGCACGCCCAGCACGCCCCGCAAGCGCAAGUCCAGCAGGUGCAGCAGGCCCAGCAAGCCCAGCAGGCGCAGCAGUUGCAGAUGCAGAUGCAGAUGCAACAGCUCCAACAACAGCAGCAACAGCAGAUGCCGAUGCAAUAUUCGGCAGCGAAUCCAUAUUCAGCGCAUGCAAGUAUAUCGGUGGCCAAGCAAGCAGUGCCGGUGCCGGUUAUGGUUAUAUGGCCGGAGGCUAUUCAGGUGUCGCCAGCAAUCCAGUGUAUGGCAGUUACGGUGGCUGCGGCGCUUACGGCCGCUACGGCUGAUCUUUGGGCCCCAGACUCCACCAGCCGGACGGAGCAUGGCAAGAGCCAGAAAGAGCCUGGGGAGUCCCAGGACUAUCAGACCAUCUCUGUUUGGGAUUGGCCGUCCGACAACGACGGUCCAGUUUGCACUGCAGCGGUAGGGACGCAGGAUGUGCAAACUUGUGUUCUCUUCAAUGCAUGGGACACGCACGAGAUCGCAACCAACGGGAAGCGCCGAGUGUUCUUUUGGACCUGGGACGUGGAGCAGCCCUUCCAGUUCUACUCGCCGGCUUUGGCACCUCGAGACUUCAAGCAGAGGAUCGGCGACUACACGCAGACCAUCUUUCUGCCCGAGUCCACCCAGGCUGCCACAGGGACGAUCGAUGGUGACGUGGUCAUCUGGGACCUAUCGCUGAUUGUAGAUGGAUUGAGCCGCCCCGAUGAGAGACGGGCCGUCAAAAUCAUCCGGCUUUGCCCAGAUGUGUCCUUAAAUGUCCUUCAAGUUCAUGAGAAGGCACGGGUUGUUAUUGGCACCGCUGAUGGAGCCGUCCGCUUCUAUGACUAUCAGUUCAGGGUCCAAGCGUGGUUCGAAGACCUCUUGGCUGGAUCUGUGAAGUCCAUUUCUUUUGAGAAGGCCAACGAGGAUGCAGAGGACUAUGAGCCCACAGGAAUCAGCGCUGGUGUCGGUGUAGAGGACGACUUCAAGUGCCCCAACUUUCUGGUGAGCACAGGCUCUGCUUUGGUCGUGCUGGUGGAGUCGAAGCUGUUCUAUGAGCUUUCUCCGGAGAAUCGCAGAGGAAGAUUAGUUCUUCAAGGGCUCGACUCUCCAGUGCAUGGGCUCUGCUGCCACCCGCAGCUACCCUUGGUGGCCGUUUGUGGCUAUUCGGGCUUUCUGCACAUGUGGAACUACAACACCAGGUCUUUGCACUUGGUGAAGAUCUUCGAAAAGCUUGUUCCGCACAUACUCCAAUUCUCCCCCGAUGGGAAGCUCCUGGCUGCUGGCUUCACCAACGGACACUGCAAGCUUCUGAAAUCCACGGACCUUUCGGAGGUGGUGUCCUUUAGAGACUCUCGCGAUUGCGUGACGCACAUCGCCUUCAGUUCAGACUCCUGCCAUCUGGCCUUGGCGCAUGCCGACCGUUCACUCUGUCUCUACCGAUACUCGCAUCGUCCGAACGACAAGAACUUCCCCAAGGAGUGGAUGUACUCAGCGAAGCACAAGUCGCACUGGCGUCCCAUCGUGGGCCUCUGCUUUUCCGGCUCGGAGUCCGAGAAGCUGAGGCUCUUCUCCGUGGGGGAGGGCUUUCCUUGGUGUGGGCUGUCUCUGCUGCAAAACAGCUUGAUGGCAUCGGCAGCUGAAGAGAACAAGGACAACUAUCGAGGUGUCUUUGAUGGUUGCCUGGGCUUCGGAGAGAAAGCAGCGCUCAUCAUCAUUGACUUCACCAAGGCCUACACCACACCGGGCAGCUCUUGGUACUGUCCUGGAAGCGGCUACGGUGUGGUGGACGCCGUUGCGGAGUCACGUCCGCUGGUGGAGCUCGCGAGAACCAAGGGCGUUCCAGUCUUCUACACGAAGGUGUACUUCGAGCACCCCAGCGAUGGUGGGAUCUUCACCCAAAAGAUCCCAAAGCUGCGCACUUGGACGAAGGACAAUCCGCUGGUCGAGAUUGAUGACAGCAUUGCCCCUCAUGAGGGCGAUGCCGUCCUCGUGAAGCAGUAUCCCUCUGCUUUUUUCGGCACCAACCUGGCGUGCAACCUUCGUGCCAUCGGGGUAGACACUUGCAUCAUGAUUGGCUGCUCCACCAGUGGCUGCAUCCGAGCCUCCGUGCUGGACGGCAUGCAGCAAGGCUUUAGGUGUGUCGUCCCACGGGAGUGCGUGGGAGACCGCACGCAAAGCAUCCACGAGUCAAACCUCUUCGACAUCAACGCAAAGAACGGAGAUGUCGUGACAAAGCAGAGCGUCAUGGACUACAUGCUGCAGUUGGAGGACACGGAGAACUCGUCAAAGCGAAGACGACGCUCUGAGUACAAACUUGAAUCCUCUGCCGUAGAGGUGAAGGAUCAGGCGGCAGAAGACAAUGCCAGCAACUACAAGGACGUCUUUGACGGCCAGCUUGGCUUUGGCUCCAAGUCUGCCGUGAUCGUCAUCGACUUCACCAAGGCCUACACCACACCGGGCAGCUCUUGGUACUGUCCUGGAAGCGGCUACGGUGUGGUGGAUGCCGUUGCGGAGUCACGUCCGCUGGUGGAGCUCGCGAGAACCAAGGGCGUUCCAGUCUUCUACACGAAGGUGUACUUCGAGCACCCCAGCGAUGGUGGGAUCUUCACCCAAAAGAUCCCAAAGCUGCGCACUUGGACGAAGGACAAUCCGCUGGUCGAGAUUGAUGACAGCAUUGCCCCUCAUGAGGGCGAUGCCGUCCUCGUGAAGCAGUAUCCCUCUGCUUUUUUCGGCACCAACCUGGCGUGCAACCUUCGUGCCAUCGGGGUCGACACUUGCAUCAUGAUUGGCUGCUCCACCAGUGGCUGCAUCCGGGCCUCAGUGCUGGACGGCAUGCAGCAAGGCUUUAGGUGUGUCGUCCCACGGGAGUGCGUGGGAGACCGCACGCAAAGCAUCCACGAGUCAAACCUCUUCGACAUCAACGCAAAGAACGGAGAUGUCUUGCCUAAGCAGGCAGUCAUGGAUUACUUGGCAAAGAGUUAA